GAGAACGGUACAGAUACGGAUUCCGUGGGCGCUAUGCAAACAGAGCGCGAUCGAGUUCCCGUGGUCGCCGUAAUACGACACCCCAUCGCUCAGCAGCUCGUGACGAUUGGAUGUGCUUCUAUCACUACAGAUUCAAGGAGCAGGCGCAUAAAUGCGUGCCGCCGUGUGCGUGGGAGAAGAAGCAGAACCAGUCGGGAAACUAAAUGCCAUGCAGUCUGCGGCGGGGGACAGCUGCAUCGGAGCACCUAUGGGGUUCAAAGAAUUUGCUGUCAUUUUGAUAUGGGCACUGGCUGCCAGUGCCAACGUCAUUGUCGAUGAUACCGGUAGCAGUACAGUAGCAGCUACCAUCAGUAGCACCGACUCACCAAGCACUGAAGCAACUGUGAGUAUCGAGAAUAUCAACUCAACUUUGGCACUGAGCGACAGUGCGGCUAAGAGCAUCGAAGAUGCGCUCUACAACGAAGUCGUCUCAAGAGAUUUCAACAAGGCCGUAUAUCGGACCGCGAUAUUGUAUGGAGAUGGACGGGACUCCAUUAUUACGAAUGUCGUUAACCGGCUCAUCGAUAACGGCAAAUCUCAAAUAUUUGAUUACGCAUACAAACUCACAGCUUCCAGGGGCACGUUCAUAGUCCGAGCACUCUUUCCUUGGGAGAUCCGAAUGCACGAAGAUCUGUUAUUCGUUAAAAUAAUCAGCUACCCGUAUAACUUCGCUCUAAAGUACAGUCUCGGCGAGGAUUUGGAUGACGAGAAAAUUGCCUACGGCGAUCCCAAUACCAAGACCAGGUUUAGAGUUACGUGGAAGUUUGUUCCUUACUGGAUAGGAGAUAGGGUAUACUUCAAGAUUCGUCCAAUAGAUAUUGCGUACUUCUUGAAACUUGGGAAUACGGUAGACAGAGACGGUGACCACGGAGCUUAUGGAUCUACUAACCACGACACAGACAGGCACUUGUGGUACGUGGAACCAGUCAGACAUAAAGGCAAACUCCUGUUCUACAUCAUCAACAAGGAGUACAACAAACUUCUGAAACUCGGCCAAUCAACGGACAGCGAUGGUGAUCGUAGAGCCUAUGGACACUCCACUAGGGACUUCAACCCGGACAAAUUUGCUUGGGACAUUGACCUGAUUUAGAUCUAUGUUCAUAGAAAUAAAACUAAGCUUCAAAA